CUCCCACUUUGCACGGCCACCUGGAAUCAUGUCUCCAAGCAGGAAAUUCUUCGUUGGGGGAAACUGGAAGCUGAAUGGAGACAAGAAGAGCCUGGGGGACCUCAUCACCGUCCUAAAUAACGGCAAAAUCCACGAUGACACAGAGGUGGUCUGUGGCGCACCUUCCAUCUACCUGGACUUUGCACGUCAGAAGCUUGAUGGAAAAUUUGGAGUUUCUGCGCAGAACUGUUACAAAGUCGCCAAAGGUGCUUUCACUGGAGAGAUCAGCCCAGCUAUGAUUAAAGAUGUUGGGGCCACCUGGGUGAUUCUUGGGCACUCUGAGAGGCGGCAUGUGUUUGGCGAGUCAGAUGAGCUGAUUGGCCAGAAAGUAGCACAUGCACUGUCAGAGAGCAUUGGCGUGAUUGCCUGUAUCGGGGAGAAGUUGGACCAACGUGAGGCUGGGAUCACAGAGAAAGUGGUUUUUGAACAGACAAAAGCCAUUGCAGACAAUGUGAAGGACUGGAGCAAGGUGGUUCUUGCAUAUGAGCCAGUCUGGGCCAUUGGCACUGGCAAAACUGCCACCCCCCAGCAAGCCCAGGAGGUGCAUAUCAAGCUCCGCGAGUGGCUAAAAACCAAUGUUUCCGAAGAUGUUGCAAAAACUGUCAGAAUCAUCUAUGGAGGUUCUGUCACUGGUGGCACUUGCAAAGAACUGGCAUCACAGCCUGAUAUCGAUGGCUUCCUGGUCGGAGGAGCUUCACUGAAACCAGAAUUUAUUGACAUCAUAAAUGCCAAGCAUUAACUUUGUUCAAUUGCAAUGUCCCCUUUCCCUUCUCUCCUGAACGGCUUAGGGCGGGGUUGGUAAACGUUGGUCCUCCGAGCUGCAUGUCCACAACAGUCUUUUCUCUUGGUGCACCUCCAUCUGGUGUCUAGCAGCGGACUAGCGUUGACAAACCCUACCAUAGAACGAAAACCUAUUCACUGUGUCUGUAGCUCAAUCUGUCCUGGGUAUUGUGUGGGGGGAAUCGAUGUUACUGUAAAAUAUAAAAUUAAGUUAAACAAAUUA